AUGACUCACAAUAAUUCUACAUCAUUUGAAACACCAAAUAGAAGUGGUAAUUAUGUAAAUAGAUCAUCUUUAACUUCACCAACAUCACCAAUAACACCAAUACCAUCUCUUAUUUUAAAUCAAACUGAUACCUCCAUAGGUCCACAACGUACUGUUAGAAGACAACAAAGACCUCAAAGACCAAAUGCAAGUCAUCCACCAACAACAAAUAUUGUAGAAAAAAUAUUGGUGUAUGAAACAUUGCACAGAAAUUGUGUUUCUCAAUACUAUGCAACUGGUAAGAUUUCCUCUCGUUUUAUUAGGACCUGUAUAUUAAAUGCUGGCGGUACAAAUUCAAAUGAAAAUAAAGUUGUUCUAUCCAAAUUGGUUAAAUGGGUCAACAAUAAACGUGGUAACACACGUAUUAAAGCCCUAAAUACCCUUAGACUUUUAGUUAGAAAUAAAGUAGAACAGUUCAGCGAGUUGCUCUCUCAGGUUCCAGCAUUAAUGGAGUAUGAAUCGAUAACUCCUUUUGAUUUGGCCACUCUUAUUAUCGAUACAGUUACCUUAGAAGCUUUUGACUCCGAUCCUUUUGUAAAGUUCUUAGUGUCUCAAUGCUUUACAAUUGAAGAAAAAGAAUGGUACAGCGGUUCCAAACCUCUUAUUUCUUUAAUAGUUAAAGCAUUGCGUGGUGUUUCUCAAAAGUUCAUUGACUCUCCUGAUGAACUUACUUACACUGAAAAGGUUGCUUUUGAAUUCACUUCAAUACCUCUUUAUGCUCCACUAAAUUAA